AUGGCUAACGGGGACACGGAGGCGUUCACCCUCAUGUCGUUGGGGCUGUUCUUCAUCAUCGUACGAAUCUAUGUCCGCUGGUCGCAAGUCGGCGGACCCCUGAACUUUGCUGUCGAUGACUAUUUGAUGCCAUUGGCAGGUGCCGUCUUUAUCGGCGAAACUGUCGCAGCGCAUCUUGUCCGCAGCAAAUUCAACGGCCUUACGAACAGCUACAUGACCGACGAGCAACGAGCGACCGUGGACCCGUCCUCGAAAGAGUACUACGAUCGGCAAUGGGGAUCUAAGAUUCAGGUCAUCGGAUGGUCCUUGUACGCCAUGAUUCUGUGGUUGAUCAAGUUCUGCGUCGCCAUUUACUACUCGCGCCUCACAUCUGGAUUGAACAAUCUCCCCGCACGAGUCCGCUUCGCAUACAUCCUCCUCGGAGUGACCUAUCUCCUCGUGGGUCUGACCAUCGUCCUGGGCUGUCAGCCCAUGCACAAGAACUGGCAAAUCAACCCCAACCCGGGCAACAUCUGUCAACCGACCAAAUCGACCCUAAGCGUCCUCAUCGUCGUCAUUCCGAACGUCAUAACCGAUCUCUACCUCAUGUCCAUCCCACUUCCGCUCCUCUGGGCUGUCAAAAUCAGCAUCCGUCAGAAGCUCACACUCAUGGCACUGUUCAGCAGCGCGGCCUUUAUCAUUAUGGCGGGCAUUAUCCGCGCCGUGACUAUUCUCACGGCCGGCCCCGACGGCGCCGUCGCAGGAAGUCAAUGGGCAUGUCGCGAGACAUUCGUCUCCAUCGUCGUGGCCAAUCUCCCCAUCAUACAACCUCUGCUUCGUAAGGGAGCAAGCAAGAUCGGACUUAGCGUGCUGUUCAGUUCAGCGAGAGGAGGGACGGGCAGUUAUGGUCGGAGACGGGGCGAGUCGUAUCCGCUGGCUAGUCGGGAAGGAAAUACACAAACGGCUACGAAGAAGUCUCGCACAAGGUUGUCGGUGCAUGAAGGGACCAUUACUGCCGGGUAUGGAAGUGAUGAGGAGGGCUUGGUGGGUACGGGCAAGAAGGGCAAGAUGCGUGAUAUUACGGUGACUCAGGAGACGGUGAUUGAGACGGAGCCGGCAGGGAAGGAGCCGGAGGGGACGGGGAGGUUUGAUUGGGGGAGGAGGGAGUAA